CAAACUUUUCAUUGACGCGACACUCUGCACAGCAGGAAAAUGUGUGUACCAGAUGCCGUCAAGAAUGUGGACCCGCUCGCCCACCGCACCUCUCCUCUCUUGUCCCUGAGAGUCAGCAAGCGUCGCGAUGGGCCUGCAGACUUUGAACGGGACCUGGACCCAGAGGAACAGAGGGCAUGGAAGAAGCAAAAGGUGGAGGUGACCACGGCAAAGCUUUCAAGAGCGCUGGAGAAGCAUGCCGCAGACAUGCCUGAUGUGGUUCUGAGGCAGGAGCUUCAGGUUCUUUGGACAGAGCAACAACCACUCCUGGAAGCAAAGUCACUCGGCCUCCUUGACGCUGUCAAUGCGCGACUUGCGCUUCAAGGGAUUGCACAGGUCAGCAAGAGUUCCUGGGACAUGUACCUGGCACCAAGCGAGGCCCUACUCCUUGGUAUGGACUCUGGGCGCUUCUCGCCGCAAGAAUUGCAGCUGAAAGAGUCUGCCACCAACGUCACGCAAGAUGCGCACUUCUACUGGAGGUGCAGAUCAUCUGGAGGAACCUUUGACCAAGCUCACUACUGCUCACCCGACAAUGCCCACCUACUCUUCGCUGCUCAAUUCCCCACCUCGGCCUUGGCACCAUUUUUCCUCCAAGAGACCCUGAUCGGCAGGUCCGACAAUUACUUUGGUUUUCCAGUCAUGUCUCCGGCGCAGAGAGAGCUCGAUGUGUGCCACGUGCAAUUGAACAACAAGCUUAGAGUCCAAAUGGUGCAAGCAGCCAAGCUGACAGCAAAAAAGGACGUGGCCGUCCAAGAAAUCCUCUUGCAAAAGGUGGCUGGUCUUACUUUUCCAAUGCCAUCCUUCAAGACGACGACGCUCAAAGCUGCGGGUUCAUCUAAAGCCACGACCUCCCCCGCGAUCGAUGCCGUGCUGGAGACCGUACCUGCUAUCGGCAUCGUUGAGAGAGUCCUCAUCAAUCUUGGUCCACCCACAAGAUCCUUCAACAGUGCUCGAUAUGGCGGCAUCUUGACGGACCAGAUCGUCUUGAACCAGCAAACCGAGAUUGAGCAGGAAGUUCAAGAUGUUUGCGCGGCGUAUACCAUCUCGACACCGGCCGACACUGCACAAGCACCCAGCGCAGUUACUGCGCCGACAACAUUGCCCUCCGCUCAUCUCGCUGACGAUGCCCCGGCCUACACCCACAUGCUCUCUUGGCAGCUCACAGCCAGAGAGUGGUGGCUCGUCAACCGGCCUCGCGCUCAUCAUCGCAUUGUUGGCCUGCAAGCAGCCAGGCAAGCCGCCAGGAACGCGGUACACGGAUUGGAUGCUCUCUCUCCCGCAGAGCCUGCCCAGAUCAUCUGCGUCGGAAAGGACAUCACCAUGGGUGACAUUCUCGGUCACACGACAUUCUUCGGUGAGGCAGCGGGCAGCGGGCCCAAGCUCUGGAGAUACCUCUCUGCGCAAGCAGGGCUCGAGACCGGACCUUUCCUGGAUCUCUUUGCCUCAACACUCGAUGAGCAUUACGAGUGGAUCAUUCAUCUAGUGUGCUUGCGAUGGAUCCUCCUCGGCGUUCAGUGGCUCCGAAGGCGAAGAGGCGUGGCCUAUCCUGCAGUGUUGGCGCUGCUGUCUUCCGAAGUCGCCUCUACACUGUUGAGGGCAAAUUCGACGACGGUCGAAAUGCACAAGUAUGCAGGGACAAUCUCGGUCGUGGAGGGACUUGACGCCGUCGCUGUUGUGCUCCCGCACCCUGGAUCCCUCAAGUACGACGGGUCUCCCGUCCGUCAGAGCGCCCUCGCUCAGCUAAUCUUCCUCUGCUGCCUAAAGCUGAGAGCGCUCCAGCACAUGGCGCCGAACUUCGUCGGCGACCCCUUGGCACUGAAGAAAGCUGCAGAUUCAGCGACCCCCAAGCUGGACGCAGAGAUCAGCCAAGUCAAAGACGAUUACCGAGCAUGGCAGACAGUGCGGUCUGCCAGAGGCCUGGCAACUAACCUCAAAGCCUUGGAAGCACUGUCAGAUGGUGAAGCUUGGCGGCAAGCCCAGCAAAAAUCAGCCCACUCUAGCAAGCACAGCAUCCAGACGGCUUUAUUGACAGAGAAGAGCUCUGCCGGCCCCGCGCGCAUCGCACAAGGCCAGCGAUUUGUCGAACUUGCGCAGAGCAAUCCCCUCGCAAGGGUCCCCUGCCCGCAGGGCCUCACCGUGGGCGAUCAAGGCUGGUGGGCGUGGCUCAUUUCAUUGCCCCCAGGUCUCGACGUUGGCAGAGCAGCCGGCGUCUUCGACAGUCAAGCAGGUCAGACCGCCUGCCUUGCACCGGAAACUGCCAUGGGCCUUCUCUGCUCAGCGCGAUCUACGUAUAGAAGCCGCCAAGUGUUCUCCUUCUCCUGUCGCCACUGUGGUGUAACUGGACUCGCAAGAGAAGAGUUCCACCACACCUGUUCCGGCCGCACCUUCACCAUGAUCACGGAUGCAAACGACCUGCAAUCUGUUGAGCUGCUCUGGCCAUCCGACGUUCAGCGCUGGCUACAGCAAGUCAAUGCACCGCAGCCCCUCCUUCUUCGCGCCGUCACAUACCCCGCUUCCCGCUUCCUUCCGGUCGCUCUGCAGGGCUGCGUCCUGCCCACCGACACAGUCUACGCAGAGCCCGAAACACCGCUGACCAGCGACUUCCUGCUCGCGCAAGCAGUCGACCAUCUCGUCUUGCGCACCAGGCGCACGGAUGCACAACUGGGAAUAGCAGGAGACGCCGACAUGCGCAAGACGCUCAAAGGCCUCAUCGACUACAUUGGUCGAGACAUGGCGUCAGGCGAUACAGCAGUGGAGCAGCAGGAAGACCCAGACAACCCGUUGCCAUUCUGCAACACAGCGCGCUGGUUCACUUGCAACGUGCAAGGCUGCCUCAAGCGCCACCUAGCAAUCCCGACUGGCCAGAACCAGACCAUAAAGCGGCACUGCAAGCGCAAAGCCACUCCCAGCCCCGCGCUUCUUGCAUUCAGGGACAUGCUGCUUGACUGGCAGCGCAAGAUUCUCCAACAUCGUGCCAUCAAGUGUGCCACGCAUCACAAGGCCGCUGGCCAAGCCGCAACCUUGCUGCAGUUCUUUGGCUGGGGUAGAGACCCUGCUCAGCUGCUCACAGUUCAACCCUCGGACCUGACCGUUCCGCUGGACAAUGCGGACGCCAUGCAACAGAAGUCUACUGAGUGCAGAGGAUUGGGGCUACCAGCAGCUGGUGUUCCCAACCAGCAAUAACAUACUACCGGGCCAAUCACUGAAGCAAACCCUCACCCUUACAGCAAACUAUACUUGGCAGGAGCAGGGUCCUCCACGCCAAUGUUGACAGAGGCUGACCACGGUCAGCUUGCCAAGCAUGUACACCUAGCGCACACCCCUCAAUUAGAGCAAGCCGGUGUGACCUGUGACGGAC